GUGUCUGUGUGUGACUCUGAUGUCAUAUUAAGCAAUGCCGUUAUCCAAUACACAUUCACAUCAAGUGAAUAGUGUCUAUAUUUGAUACGCUCAUGUCAGUGGCAAUUAGCCGAAACAUCAUAUUUUUCCAUCGCUCGUCGAAACAACACACAUUCCUUUGGUUGACACAAUUCACAUUGAGUUUUUAAGAAAUUGACAAGAAAAUAAGUGGAAAUAACAAUCGUUUUUGCUAUUCGCUCAUAAUUAGUGUUGAAUAAAAGUGGUUUUUUUCAUUGACUUGGCCAAAUUAAUGGCAAUCAUUUAGUGCAUGAAGUCAAACACAUUUUGCAUUACAUAUUAAGUGGCAAAUGCUCUGACAUUUCAUUCGAAAUCAAAUUCAUCACCGCAAAAAGGAUAGCUUUACAAUUUCUUCGAAUUUAACAACUGGCAGCUUCGCUGGUGAACAACUAUUUCAGCAAAAGUCUUUUGAAGCAACCACUCUAAAGGUAUGAUUUUCAUUCGCACUUCAGUAAUCAAUUGAAUUCUUUGCUUUUCCAGAUCGAUCAUUUGCGCAGCGUGAAUUAACGGCCAUGCUUUGGGAACAAAAUGACGAAGUGAAUAAGUCGGCGUUUGAGGAUCUCAAGGAUGAUUAUUGCUACGAUAUUCUGCGCCGGCUGCCACUAGAUGACUUGUGUGCUCUCAGUCGUACCUGUACUCGAUUGCACAGUUUGUGCGGCAAACAGUUCUUAGAAAAAUAUCCAUCAAAGAUCAUGCGCAUCGAUUCGAUUCAAGAAGACGGCACAUGGGUAAAAGAGCCACGCGAUGAAAUGUACAUCAAGUGUUUUGACAAAAGCAUCCGAAAUGUGAUCCUGAACGGUGAUGGCCUGGAAACAAAGUUAGACGUGGUCAAUGAAUUCUACAAGGGCGAAAAGAUGGAGGGUGUUGUGAAGGAAAUCCACUUCAACGAUUGGCGCAGAUUGGAUGGUGCUGGUAUCAAACUUGUCGACAUGCUGAAAUCUGCUGAGACCAUCACCAUCGAUUAUGCUGCCAUCGUCGAGGAUCCGUACGAUGGCAUUUUCAAGUAUGCGCCAAAUCUGAAACACUUGACUGUUCGAAAUUCGAAUUUCACCAGCACCGACUGGUUGCAACAACGAUACGCCAAACUUGAAAGCCUCGAGUUGCAUUCACCUUCGCUAGGUCCAGAUGCAAACAAGAUAAAAUCAUUGCUCGACACCAACCCAAACAUUCGACGAUUCUCACUUUUUUGCACAAAUGUGGAUGACAUCGUUCAAUUGAUGGCAAAGAAUGUGAAAAUUGACGAACUGUUCGUGCAUUUUAGAUCUGGUCCAAGUGGUUGGAACAUCCAAUUCAACUAUACGAUGACUGUUCUGAUGAAGUUACUCGCUGUUCAAAAUGUGAACUUGCAUCUGGUGGUUUCCAAAGCUGAUAUCAUUUCGCAACUGGCAUUCGUACAUUUGAACGUGGUUGGCCUGCAAUUAAACGUUUCCAUUGACGAGGUGCUUACCACAAUGUAUACAUUCGACAAUCUACAGUUUUUGCGGAUCGCAGCAUCACAUUUACCAUAUGCAUAUGCCGAUUUGAUUGCAAAGUUGCCCAACUUGAGUCAAUUGUAUAUCGACGAAAUUUUUUGCGACAAUUUCGAAACAUUUCAUCAAACCAUGUUGGCUGCUAUUGGUCAAUUGGUGAAACUAACAAAAAUCUCUCUCAAUGGUUUCACAGACCAACUCACCAAGAUCGAUUUUCUGGCAUUCGACCAGGAACGUAUGGAACUUCAUGGCGCUGCUCAUUUGAAGAUCUUCAUCCAUCCAAAGGACUUUUUCGCUAGUUUCCCGCUAAAGUUCGUUGAAUUCGAAAUGAUCGAAAUUAUUGCAGCUGAAUCUGAACCAUCCAACUAUCCAUUGUUCUUGAAUUACAUUCAUGGCAUGUUCGGUCACAAAGCCAUUAAUUUUAACUUGAAUAACACUCGUAUUGACGAUGGUGUUCUGAACUAUCAGCAUCCAGCUGAUACCUGGGCGAAUUGGAGGUGUAGCCAACCAGAUUGGGCAGUCGGAUCUGGCAAUGCUGAUGAUGAUAAUUGGGACAAACCAAACGAUGCUAGCAAUUUCCAAAAAUAUCCCAUUGAUGAUUCGGAUGACCAUCAUGCUGGGCCGAGUGGCAUGAGUAAAAUGGUUGUAGCAGACGAUUCGGACUGGUCUAAUUAGUAAGAUUUCUGACGAGAAAAAUUGCAAAUCUCAAAUUCAAGCAUUCAACAAGAAAAUUUAUAUCUCAAAGCAUCUCCGUAUUAAGCAUAUUUGUAUUCAUAUUCAACACUUAGGGAAAAGACUCAUCUUUUUAUAUUUUGCUCAAUCUAAUAGUAUUUGCUCAAUUUGUUCGCUCGUUAAUUUAAAUUUUUUCGUCAUCAAUUCAUGCAUGGAACAGGAAAAUACAUGAUUUUUUUAAUACAAUAAAUAUUUUGAUUUAUAUUUUGAAGUGUCAACAAAA